GGUGUCUAUAUCAGAAAACAUAAUUACCGUAUAAGUUUUAACGUCUUGAAAGCGUUUUUGUUUUUCAAUUUCAGAUUCUGUGCUCAGGAUGAGUGUAUGUUUUGUGCCUGUCUGUCUCUAUGACAGGUUUUUACAGUAACCAAGAACAGAAAAUCAGCGUCAAAAGCCUAGUAAAUCCGCUUGGAAAAAUGGUUCUAAAAUGUAAAAACAGGGAAUAUCCAAUGGACAGUUUUUGGUCAUGGGUUACCUGUAUGUCGGGUAGUCUGUGUGUCGCCCUUGCUCUUGGCUUUUCGUACAGUUUUGGUGUAUUGUUGCCGGUAAUGAUGAAGUAUUUCAAGUCAAGCACCGGAGAAACAGCCUUGCUUGCCUCCCUUACCAUGUCUUUCGCCUUCCUUUUUGGUCCAAUUUCUGGUUAUUUCUGUCAUCGAUUCAGUUGCACAAAAACACUAAUUACCGGAGGUUUCCUCUGCGCUGUGUCGCUUCUUUCGUCUUCGUUCGUCGAUUUGUUUGCUCUUCUUUUCUUCACGUACUGUUUUCUAUUCGGCAUUGGGUCAAGUUUUAUAUUCACUGCUGCAAUCGUCGCCGUCCCGUUAAACUUUGAAAAGCACAGUGCUUUAGCAACUGGUUUCAUUUCCGCUGGUCAAGGAAUUGGAAUACUUUGCUUCGCUCCAUUCCUGCAAUUCCUGCUCGAUCGCCUCUCGUGGCAUACGACAUUCCGAAUUUCCAGCGGUAUUCUUAUUAUAAUAUGCGUGUUGGGGAUGUUUACUGGGACUAGUACUAGUAACCAUGGAAACGCCCCUCAAGUGGUACGGAAGAAUAGUGAUAGGCGUGGGCAAGGAGUGAUUGUUCGUACAACUCCCGUUGAUCAACCUUUUUGGAGGAACGUUUUCUUCGUCAUAAUGACCGUGGGCUCAUCGGUGGAGUUUUUUGCACAGUACAUCCCAAAUGUUCAUAUUGUUCGAUAUUGUGAAGGCAUUGGUAUUUCAGGACAAGAUGCAUCUUCGUUAUUCAUAUUUUACGGUAUCACAUCUUCGUUCGGCCGCAUUGCUGCUGGUUUCCUCAGUAAAUUUCAACGAGUCAGCCCGAAACUCUUGUGUCAAUUGGCAGGAUACGGAACAGCUAUAACAAUACUAGCACUGCCAUUUGCGAGAACGUUACUUUUGUUGCAGACAUCUUUUUUCUUUUAUGGCUUGUUUGAUGGGKUUUUCAUAACUACGUCGAACUACACAAGACUUAAUUGCCUUUCUCCGAAGGAGCGUGCUGUAGCGUUUGGUCUCUCUGUGGGGUGUACUGCUGUCUUUUCUGCUGGAGGCCCACCCCUUGCGGGUAAGAUGGCAGACACUUUUUCGUCUUACAACCCAGCCUUCUUCAUGGCAGCCUCCGUCGUGUUUUUAGGUGCUACAAUUCCUUUCUUUCAACAAUGCGUUCCUUCUUCUUGGGGCAAAUCUGAAGAAAGACUUCUGCAGCAAAAUUCAAGCGAGGACAACGACACUCUAGUUGUGGAGUACCUUACUGUUUUGUAGAGAUUUUUAUUGCAAGAGUUUUAUAGAGUUUUAUACACAAUAUUUUCUUCAAUCUUUGCAUACUCCUAUUUCAAAAGAAAAUACAAAAAAUAAAGGUUUUUUUAGCUUUAAGGUAGCCUGCGUCACAUCCGGAAUUUUCUUCGUAAAUACCGGUAUUUACGAAGAAAAUUCCGGAUGUGACGCAGGCUAGUUUUAAGGAUGGUGGGUACAGUUGUCAGCGCGCACUUUUACUGCGCACAUUACGUAAUCCACAGGAACUCCAAUGUUUUCAAAAAAUAAAAAUAGUUUUGGGUGGUUUCA